GGAAGUUAAAGUUCAAGAACACACAGUGGAGUACACGUGAAAAUGGCAUCAGUUAGCAGGUUACUGUUAUCUUCGAUAACCCAAACAAGCCGGAUUGGUCUGUGUACAAGGGUUUCAGCAGGUCGUGUUCUUGGUACCAAUUGCGGCAAAUUUCCUGGAAAUGAAAAAACGUUCCACAACAGUGCUCCUCUACAUGCAGUUCGCGUUCAACAUGUAGCUCCUAACUUCCAGGCACCAGCUGUUGUAGAUGGACAAUUUAAGGAUAUCCAGUUGUCAGAUUUUAAAGGAAAAUAUUUAGUUCUAUUCUUCUAUCCAUUAGAUUUUACAUUUGUUUGUCCAACUGAAUUAAUAGCAUUCAGUGAAAACAUGGAUAAAUUUCAACAGUUAAAUACAGCCGUAGUUGGUGUUUCAACAGAUUCACAGUUCAGUCAUUUAGCUUGGAUUAAUACACCUAGAAAGACUGGUGGAUUAGGAGGAUUAAAAUACCCAUUAUUAUCUGAUUUUAAUAAACAGAUAUCUCGCGAUUAUGAUGUUUUACUAGAUAAAGAAGGUGUAGCAUUAAGAGGUUUAUUUAUAAUUGAUCCUAACAGUGUAGUGCGUCAGAUUACUGUUAAUGAUCUGCCUGUUGGACGAUCUGUAGAAGAAACUAUUCGAUUAAUUCAAGCUUUUCAGUUUGUUGAUAAACAUGGAGAAGUGUGUCCUGCUAAUUGGAAACCUGAAUCAGCCACCAUCAAACCCACACCAGACGGUUCAAAAGAAUAUUUUGAGAAAGUCAAUUAACGUUAAAUCUUCCAUAAAAAAAUUUUUUACACAAAAGUAUUAGAUAUCAAAAAGUAGAUGAUGAAAUCAUGAAGAUGUUACUAUAUUUGAGAAUAGUUUGAAUUUUUUUUUU